CUCGACGACCACCACCACAAAAUUCUUUAAAUGUUUCACCAGAAUUUAAUCCACGAUAUAAAUUUGGUAGUGGUAAAAAAUUCGUUAUGAAAGAUAAUCAUCCAUCAAUUGAAAAAGUAAAAUUUGAACGAGAACUUAAAAUGGCUAUUAGUUUUCAUCGUGAACUUAAACGAGCAAAAGAAGGCAAUGAAAAAAGUCUUUAUGCUCGUCAUCAACCGGUUUAA